AUGACUGUACCUUAUCGAGUGAAUUGCUUGAGGUUCAUUUGGUUCUCAAAACCAAUGGUGAGUAUAUUCAACACAAUAUGGAGAAGCGGAGGCUCUGUUUUGAAUACAAUUACAAGCUCCUUAAAAGGCAGAGUUAUGUUGUUGUGCCAACUGGUCUGCCAAUGCUUCAAUCACCCGCGAGUUGAUCAUGCACUCUCUGGAAAUGUCAUGAUUGAGCGUGAUCAAACUUAUUACCUAUUUAGUAUGAGGUUUUUAUGGUAUAUCAGUUGAACCUCUGUUGAUUUCGCUCAUGAAUAUCUUGUCCGCAAGGCGUUUUUAUAUAGUUAACAUGUAAUUCGUGGAUUGCAUGGUGUGGAUGUUGACAGUUUGUACCUUUUGUCCUCUAGGGAUACUACUAUAGCUUACAACUCAGAUCGUACACUCCCGAUCUCUUGUUCCAGCCAAGAGUGAACAUUAAACAUUUUGGACCUGUUCCAGAGACCAAGAAAGGUAUUCGAUCAAAGAUAAGAGCCAAUCGUUAUUUUAAGCGGUCAGCGCGGGAUUUUUUCUUUUUUUUUUUUUUUUCAUGUAGAUGGAACUUGAAAGAAUGAACCUUGGUGUUAUCUUACAAAACACGUCAAAACGUUUAAUUUAAGACUUAUUUACAUGAGGUUUUUAACUCAACAGUAUAGGGUAUUCACCCAACAGACAAAAUUGUCUACAACGUACGGUUUGUGUAAGAAAUAUGUCAAACGAAAUGUCGCUUGACGAUUAAUCGACUCUUACAAAUGCCGAAGAAGGGCAACAGUACAUUGAUUGUUGCCUUCAAUAUGUACGGUGACUCUUUCUACUGCACUGAUCAAAUUUUAAUGAAACUGAUGAUUCUUCUCUGUACACGUGUGGUAGCAAUCGCAAGACAGUAACAGUUGCACUGUGUCCUUUCUGCAGUGCUUGGCUAGGCGAAAGGUGCUGAUGACGUACACCUUGUUGCUCCUCCACCAGGCAGAUAAUCUGAUUGACUGAUUUGUUUUACACAUGUGUAAAAUAUCUCUUAUAGUCAGUGGCAUGUAUUUUAGGCCAGAAAGGAGGGCCAUGCAUCCUUAAUCAAAUAGCAGGCAGGGUGGCACUACACCCCUUUCUUGCCCAUAGUAAAAAUUGUCAUAUUUUUACAUUGUACAUACUAUCUGUCUUCCUUCUGUAUUGCCCUGUUUUGCUGCCUUUUUUAUAAAAAAAAAAUUACAAACACGACGGGUUCAUGUGUAUUAAGUUCAACUUCUGGCCGAAGUGUGGUGGGGCUGAAACUUUGAUCCAUUGGCAGGGAAAGCACCAAGAUUAAAUGUGGGUUUUGUGUUUGUAGUUUGCCGUUAUUUGCAUGAGCAAAAAGGUUGUCGAUUCUCCAAUGAAAAAUUAACAGUGUAAGUCUUUGCCUGGAAACUUCACACUGAAUGAUGUGUAUUAAAGUUUGUUUAUGCUUGGUUGCUUGGUUACUGCAACUACUAAGAAGAUACAUGAUUUCUGUUUCACUAAGUGAUCUUGUGUGUUUCACGCAUGAUGCAAAUUCUGACAAAGUUAUAAACCUCGCUUUUCACGAGGGGACCUUCGGCACCUUGCUUUAUGACCUCUCAUAUAAAAGCUUAGCAAGUGGCACUCUCAAAAACCAGACACUGUUUGUUUGAUCAUAGCUUGAGUUUAUCAUGGUCCUUUUUUAUCUUGAUGUAUAGCCGCUGUUCAGGAAAAUAUGCCAGCACUUACCAAAGUCUGGACUUAAGAGAGUUGUAAAAUUUUUUUUAUGGAGCUCAUGUCUGAUUUUCUGUAAUUUAAAUGAAUUCAUUCUCUGUAAUUUAAUUAAUUAAGUGCCUGUGACUUUGUACAUUCAUUAUUUAUCUACAAAGGGAUCGCAUAAUUAAUUGGACACUGUAGUAUUAGAUGUUAUGAGUGACAUUCUACUGACAGCCACCUUUUAGGAAAAAAAUCAAUUUGAUAGCUAUAAUUUCUUUAGUGACAUAACUGAAUACCAGUUUUUUUCACUUUGUAGAAUUCUGUGUAAAUAUGACAUGCAGAGGAACAAAAGAUGGUACUGCUCACAUGCUAAUCCAGAUUAACAUCACUUCAGACAUAAAGUUUGUCAAAGAUAUAACUGUGUUGAACCUACAACGAAUAAAGACCUGCCAAAAAGGUACAUACAUGUAUAUAAAUGUAAUAAUGUUCAAGCCUCACUCUAAUCCUUCUUCUCACAUGGGAGUACACUCCUGGGGUCUAGUUUGAUAAGUACUUUGUUAAGUUUUACAUCUUUUUUUCUUACAGCUGUUGUUCCACUUAGUACCAGGAAACCCACUGUUGCUCUUCACAAAGGUACACAUGCUACAUGCAAAUUAUUUUAGAGUUUUUGAAUGAUUUUUUAUCAUAUAUAAACUUAAAUUGUGAGUUAUCAUAUGCUUGUCUGGUGCUUAUAGUAGAACAAAAUUUCCUCCAGACUAAUAAUGAACAAGUCUCAGAAAAAAUAGGAAGGGAAACACUAUUUGCCCUUGCAAAUGGCUAUGUAGGCCUUCACAUGGUUCAGAUGACCAUCUACAAGAGGGAGUGUGUUUUGAACAGUUUUCUCAUAAGGUUGAGCUUGGUCCCAUAUCCAUGCAUUCACAGUUAAACGAAAACGUGAAAUGUUCUUUGGCAUGACAAGCUUCAAUAACUCUUUAGCUUUGAUUAUGGAUAUAUGGAUAUUGUUUUAGUGUACAAUAAAUUAGAAAUUAGUUUUUGAUAGCCCAGGGCUAGUAGAUGGCUAGUGACAUCUGUUCCUAACUUGCCUGACAGACAAGAUCAGACAGAGGAACUGAGAUCAAUCCUGCUCUUCAAAAAUAAAUAUUGUCUUUGGCUAGUAAAGAAAUGACUUUUGGGCUAGUUAUGCGAGCUAGGAGUAUAUUACAGCUUGCCAGAAUAGCAAGCUGUAAAACUGCAUGCUGUAAUUGCAACCUGUGUUUUCAUUGCGUGAAAAAUCUGUCUCAAAAUCUGUCGUUUUUUCAAAAAUGUCAAUCUCAGGUGCAGUGAUCCUGUUUUGAUCAGUAAGCAAAGAAUUUUAUAUUUCCAAAAUAUCUAGGGAUUAAAAUAGAAAUCACUGUUUGAGACCACAGUUCCUGUUUUCCUUAUGAUCCCCUUCCUGCUUAUCAUGUUUAUGUUGCAAUCAAACACAGUCUGCAGUCUGACUUUACUGGCACCUGCAGUUUAUAAAUAACCCUGCUAUUUCUGGCAGUGUUUUAAGUCUUAUUAAAUGGACCUCCAAUAGAAUACUUUACAUCUUAUUUAGCCAAAGGGAAAAUGCAGCCUACAAAAAGUCUUUUUAACAAAUUAAAUUGUAACUGUUAUAAAUAAUAAAUUAAAGGCCAGUUCAUAUGUUGUGCUUCUGCUGUGCACCACAUGAUGCCUGAAGAAAAAUUCUCAAUGUGGUGCAGCAGAGCAAAUCCCACAAGGUCUCGACUCUGGUACAGCAGUAAUUCAAAUGUAUGUCAUGCUUAUGCUGUGCCAAACUAAAUGUAUAAAUUUUGGAAAUGUUACUUUGUGGGAAUUGCUAUCUAAUUGGAUGACAAUUCAGGCUACACCACUUGCUAAACAGUAAAGGCACAUUGCCAAUCUAAAUGCUGGUGGAAUUCGAUCCUCUGUGACAGUAUCAUGUUGUAAAUCAUGUUGAAUAUGACCAAGGAUGAAAUUAAAGGUGGCUUUUGAUAUGAGGAUUGUUUUCUUGAAUUUCUCAUCAGUGUAUGUGUUAGCAUACUUCUUCGAACUAACCCUUGUUACAGGGAAGCUGCCGACAUGCAUAUGAUUGACCAGGAGUGUUUUUGUCAAAAGAAAUAAGAAGAGCAGCAAUAUAGCAAACUUCCAAUAAUAACAUUGGUCUCACAUACAAAAGGAGAAGGGUUUUCUGCUGAAUUUCUUUCCUUCUUCUCUCUGAAUUUUUUAAGAGCUUUGUGAGUAGCAAUUUAUGCUGUCAAGUUUACAGUGCAUUGUCAUUUUUACCGACUACUGUAUUGACUACUGUACGAACCCAAUAAUUAAGUUUGACUCUCGAUCUGGCACAGUGUCUGAAUUGAAGUUGCGCUUUUGCCAUGCUUCUAUCAAACCCAAUAUUGAUUAAGUUCAGUGCGGCAGCAGCCCAAUGUAUGAACUGGGCCUUAGUCUUUAACCUUUGGCCAUUCUGAAUUAUUAAGAUGCAUAGUAAAGAAUUGAUGUUAUUAUUCUUUUCAGUUAAGACUGAACCAAGCACAGCUGCUGAUCCUCCGAUGGAUAAAACCACUGUGUUCUACAUUGCAGUUGGAGUAGCCUGUGGCAUCAUUCUCAUCAUGGCCCUUGGUGUGGCUGCAAUCCAUGUCCAUUCCAUGCCAAGUCCAAAUAAGGAAGGGUUAGUAAUGUAUGUUAUGUUUAUAGGCAGAGCUUGCGUAUUAUGUCUUGCUUCGACCCCUUUUACAGAGUACAUUGCUCAGAUCAUCAGGCGUCAAUUGCAAUGUAGCAAAUGGGUUAUUCCAGACAAAAUUUACAGCCUCUCAACAGUCAGGCACAAAUUUUUGACCUCCUCCUCCCCUUCCCCCCAGAUUUCCAAAACUGCUUGAGUUCCCCUCCCUUAGGAUUUCCAGGUUCAAAGAACUCCCCCCCCCACACACACACAUACCCUUCUGAAUUAUGUAACUUGUUUAAAUGUGUUGCGUGCGGCAGCAGAGGGGGCAAAGAAUGAGGUGAACUUCCUUCUGUUCCCAGUCAUUCACUCCACUCUUGAGGAUGUGAAAUUUAAACAAAAACUCUAUACACACCUUCAUUUAAUAUGA